GUACGGUUAAGGUUGUUUUCAAUCAAAUAUUUCUCUUAUCGAGGUGGUUGAAUUGAUAAGAUGUGAAACUAAUACCUAUUGUUAUAUGCCGGAAAGCUAAACUUUGCUGUAUAAUAGAAGUCAUGAAGCAAGAAAAAUUUAGUUUGAUAACAAACUGGCAAUAGUGCGAACGUCGUCAAGCGGUACUCUAUUUAAAAUAUAUAUAUAUUUAAUUCGAGGUGUUGAACAAAUUUAAAAAUUAAAAAAAAAUGGUGGUGACAUGUUUUAUAGAAUUCGAUAAUAAUCCUUUUGGCACCUACUUUGCUGGCCAAAUGCUUUCAGGAAAAGUAACAUUAAACGCAAAUAAACCUAAAAAAGUUAAAGCUGUUGCGCUAAAAAUUACUGGGUUUGCACAUACUAAUUGGAGUGAAAGUUCAACGACAUCGACGACUGAUAGUAAUGGAGGUACGUCAACUAAAACUAUCACUACCUAUUAUAGUGGACAUGAGGAUUACAUUGCAUCGACCACAUAUGUUGUUGGAUCAGAAAUGGGUUUAGCAGAGCUUACAAUUGAACCUGGCACACAAGUCUAUAAUUUUGCUUGUCAGAUACCACCAAAUUGUCCAACUUCUUAUGAGAGUCUUCAUGGAUAUAUAAGAUAUACAGUGAAGGUUGUACUCAUACGUCCGUGGAAAUUUGAUCAGACAUUUACGAAAGGAUUUACCGUGCUAGCAAUCAGGGAUCUGAACUAUGAACCAAUGGCAUUGCCACCAGUACAUGCGAUUGCAUCAAAGACUUUUUGUUGUUGGCCCUGUAAAUCAUCACCACUGCAAUUGGACAUCGAUUUGCCGCAAACUGGUUUUGUACCUGGACAGAAUAUACCUGUCUCCAUAUUAGUCACAAAUGACAGUCAUAUACCAGUAGAGGAAAUGAAGAUUUCAUUAGCCAUGUUGGUUAUAUUUUAUAGUCAGUGCCCUAGAUCAUCUAAAACAGAAAAGACUACCGUUGCGAAAAUGAAGGGUGAAGGAGUGCAGCGUAACUGCAAAAAGUUGUUCAAUUAUCAACUUCCAGUACCUGCUACGCCACCAAGCAAUAUUGUUAGUUGCAGUAUCCUACAUAUUAUGUAUGAAGUUUUUGUUGAAGCAAAAAUCAAAGGAUUCCAUGCUAAUCAAGUUAUAUGUGCACCAAUUAUUAUUGGUAAUGUACCUUUGCAGACAGUAGUGCAACAGCAGCCUACAACCAGUUUUGCAGCACAACAUCAAAUGCCAACAGCACCAACUGAUGCCAAAAUGUUGGAGGCUGUUGAGAAUAAUGAAAUUGCCGUUGUUAGUACUCCGAUACCUUGGGAAGGAAAUGGUGACAUGCAACCACCAACUUAUGAGGAGGCUACUCAUAUGAGACCUGGUAAAAUUAAUGCUGACGAAAAACACGACUAUGGUGAGAGUGCAUUUUUGCCAAGAUAUCCAGUCUUUAGCAUACCAAAUCCAAGUGCUCCACUUGUCAAAGGUGUUCCUGAGGUGUGAUGAUUUUACGGGAUAUAUUGUGAGGAGAAUUUUAUGAGAAAAUAUAGAAAAUUGUAUUAUGUGAGCAUAUAUAUGUAUAUACAAUUUCCGGUUUUGUCUACACAAGUUUUAGUCAUAAACUGUUUUGAAUUUUAGCAAAUUGGGAUAAAAUAUUUUCAAGAUAUUUCUUAAAAAUACUUGC